AUGAACUCUCAAAAUCUGGCAGAAUACCCUUUUCCGGAGCUCCUCCAUGGAGUCUCUUCCCUCAAGAUUGAGACACCAAAGCACUCUCCAGUCACCUCCCCGUCGAAGCCAACACCAAAACAGCAAAGCCCCCUCCGCGCAGAAGCCCCUUCAUUCAUCCCAGGCGAAAAUUAUCAAUCUCCGAAUAGAGGAACAAAACCCCAUCAACAGCCUACACAGGAAAGUCAAUUCAGCUAUAGCUCUCAACUUAACCCUCGACUUCACCAUCGCUCCAAAACCGAACCUCAUCCACACUUGCGACAGCCAUCACCACCCAAACUCCAUCCACACCGCCACCCUCUCCCAGCAAUUCCUCGAGUCACCUUCACCAGACAAGACAUCUGCAUGUUCUUCGGUAUGGAAGAUAUGAUCGAUGAUUUGUACGAGGAUGUAGUGCAGUUCUUAGAGAAGAGACCGAAUGGUAGGACUGAGGCCGAGGCGUUGGACUUUUAUCUGGAGUUUGUGGCUGGAGGAGGGGAGCGGCAUAUAGGGGAGAGGAUGCCGUGUAGAUACUGUGAUUGGUUUAGGAAACAGAAGAGAGAGUGUGAAUACCUCAGUAUGGGUAUUAGGGGUGGCGGUGGACGUUUGUGA